AUGACGGCCCGGAUUUUGGCGGUAUUCGACGAUGCCCAACAGGCUAGGAGCCUCAUUGAAGCAGAUUCUAUCGUUCUGGUGGUUGUGGAUCCGCUAAAUAUUGAACCGCGAACUGAAUGCGCUCACGUCUCGGAGCUGCGGCCCGCCCCUUUGACUUUCCGACAUUUUUGUGCCGUACGCACUUUCUCUCGACUUUAAAGAUCUGAAUUUUUUAGAGCUUGUAUGACGUGAGGUUGAGCUCGUCUUUGGCUAUUCGGCCGACCGAUCGGUCGCUGAUGUCAGUCUCAAGGGCAAGUUAUUCUUGAAAAUCGCCGAUUUUGCUGUUGAGGAUCUCCCGGUUGAAAGAAGCGCUGGCGGUGCGUUUUUCUUUAACUUCCUGGGCGCUUACUAUCCGUACCAAGCUCCUUGCGCCGCGUGA